GUUCCUGUGAGCUUAAAUACAUAGUAUGCCGCAACGUCGUAUCGACGCAUACUUCUCCUACGCAUCGAUACCAGACACUUCUCCCACUUCAUCAGGGACAUCGUUUUUAGAUCUUCCAUAUCCACUCCGCCGCUAUAUCUAUAUUCUAUCGGGGUUGGUUCGUUUCUGUCCUGUUAAGUUCAACGGAUCGGAGCUUGAUGGUCCGAAAUGCCAACACAUAGGAUAUGAAGAGAAUGGAUGCUUCUAUAAAGUGCGACGGUUCGAUGGCAGGUACAUACUCGGAGCAGGUGACGAUUAUGUUACUAGAUGCUCCUGCCCACCACUACCUAUUCCGUUGCUCUAUGUAUCGCGGACCAUAUCAGAUGAGGUAUCAUCCAUUUUGUAUUCGGAAAACAAGUUCACGAUCAGUCGGAGCGGAUCCUGGGGCUUACGCCCAUUGCGGAGGCUCAAUAGACAUGCAAUCCACUCAUUACGAUCCCUUACUAUUAUCCUGAACAACUGCUCCUGCAUCUUUCAAUAUGGACGGACUGCCAUCCCACUCACGUUCGCAUGCAAUCCCCUUUGUCGGAGUCAUGGUCUCCAUGAUAAACCACUAGGUAGUGUGGCUCGACAAGACCGGGCAGUCCUGCAGGAAUGGCAGGGUAUCCUUCAAAUCCUGGCAGACAAUAUCCAACCUCUGUCACUUCAUCUAAGUUUUAUUUGCGAUACUAGGGACCUUCAAACUGCGAGGGGCAUUGUUGAAUCUUUAGGAUGUCUCCCCUUGCUUCGUGGCUGUUCAAUCCGUCUCGGCCAGAGCCCAGACUGGUCGAUUUCAUCUCUAGCCCGAUCCAUAUGCCUUCAGUUAACUUGCAAAACACCCCAGGAUGCCGGCCACCCUACCACACCACACCUGCCCGAUGAAGUCUUGGAGUAUAUACUGUCCUUUACCGAACUGGUGGCUCCAUUUCAACUAGAGUGGUGUCCUAUUCGGGGCUUAGCCCCCUUUGACUGCUGCAAGACAUGCACAGAUUCCCUUUGGGGCUGCUGCUGCUCUUUUUACCUUGCAGCCUACGCAACUGGGUGUACCUGUUGGAGAUUGCCACUUUCCCUUUUCCUGGUCAGUAAAAGGAUGUAUCGGAUUGCGACUUCAAUAUUUUACUCAAGAAACACUUUUUUCAUUGCUACUAUCCACCGCAAGUGCGUUAUAUGGUCCCUAGAAAAAUCACCUUCAAUCCCGACCAUAACCACGCAGUUCCUUAACCGACUUCCGUCCUAUGCGCGCCCACACCUCCGCUCUAUCACUAUAGGCUUCCUUGACUUUUGGCCCCAGUCUGUCUUCAACCACCAAGCCAUAGCAGACUUGAAGAAAGGCCUUGAUAUAAUGGCCCAAAACCUUGAUCUCUCGAAGCUUACAAUAUCACUUCAGAUUGAUUCAGCCAAAAAUUUUAUAACUAAUAAGUCAGUUGAUGAGUGGAUUCAAGCAUGUCACUUAAUAGUCCAACCCUUGAUUCAUACGAGCAGGAUCAAGAGGCUGUUUGUCUAUAUCUCUCCUCGACAAGCAAAGCAUUAUGAACCCGUUCUAGAAAAGGCUGUUCUUGGGGAUAACUAUGAUGCCGUGCAACAUGGGAAAUAUUAUGCGAAGGUUCCAUUAUGGUAUAAUGGCUACAGCAGGGAGGGUCCGGUUUACCAAGCUGAUGGGCAAAAGGUCUGGCCUCCGGAUUAUUUUGACGACUCAAAUUUUGUUGAUGAAGACGAUCUAUAAAUCAUAUAGCUCUGCUUCAAGCCUGUCGUUGAAUAAAAAUGGCAUACAUGAUGCCCUAAAACCUAGACUAUAUCUUAGAUCUUGGGGUAAAUAGGCUACAUGAAAUAUUUUCGCAGUAACAGUCUAUUGAUGUAAUUAAGUAGCUCAGCUAUGUAUACGAGAAGGCCAGCUUCCAGCAGAAUCUCGUGGAGGAUUUUUCAUUUUCGAAUUUAGGAGGAUAUAAGAUCGUCAUAUAUCUCACACAGUUGAAUUAACAAAGCAACUUUUGAGGCGGUUGAGGCCAACCGCGCGAGUUAGGGCAAGGUACCGCAUCGCG